UGCUGUAAAUAUAUUAUAUUUGCAGAGGGAAUGAUAAUGUGUGAAGCCGUUUCUGGUGAAUGGAUUUAAAUCAGCUGAAAUGUCGGACUUACUUUCUUAUUGAUAAUAUUCUUUUUCAUCUGAACGCCCAGAUGAACGGCAGCGUACUCUUCGUUUUUGCCUCAGAUCAGUGACUUAUUUUUUUAAACAGACGAGAAAAGUGUAGAUAAUAAUUCAGCACCUUUAAUUUACAGCAGUGUGUUACAAUAUGAUAUAAUGCAAUUUGUUUUUAUGCAGUCAUUUUUAUAAGUAAAUUAAUGUCGAUUUUAAGUUUUUGGUAGAGUAGCAUUUGAUUUUUUCAAAUAGUGAUUUUUUUAUAACAAGUUUUUUUUUUCUAAGUACAUUAUUCUAAUCCAAAACUUCAGACAAUGCUUAUAUUUCCUAUAUAUGUACAAUUAUAUGUACACUUAUGGGCAGAAAUGUACAAUGCAAAGUUACCUCUAAAAUGUUUUUUAUGUUAUUUUCUGUUUGUUAUUUUUGAACUGUGUCCACUCGCUGGUCUUCACAGACGCUCCUCCGUGUCCAAGUGAAACUGCAGUGAGCAUGAACCUCAGCCUCCCCGACCAGAACAUGCACACCUCUGCCGAAGGCUGCAACGACGACGACAAGCCCGACCCCAUGUUACCUUGCUUCCGCAGAAACGUGUACGACGAGCCCCUGUCCUCGUACUCCAACAGCUCCAUUAUCUCUCAGCUCCUUCGUAAGACGAUCCAAAACAAGAGAGCCUUGGACGAAAGUCCGUUCUACCUUUCGGGCUCCGCUGCCGCCGACUCCGGUCAGGAGGACCGGAGCAGCGUCUCCUCCAAGGACAGCACCGUGGAGGCCACGUCCCCCGGAGCUCACGUGUCCACGGGAAUCAACCCCGACGGUGAACAUUCCGUGACUGACCACCUGCAGGCCAAGAGAGCCAGAGUGGAGAACAUUAUCAGGGUCAUGGCUAAUUCUCCAAACAGCAGGCAGCACGGAGAAGCUGAGAGGUCUGACGCUGAAGUGACCAGAGAGACCAGGGAGGUGUACAGGGAAAACAAGCGCAAACAGAGGCUGCCCCAGCACCAGGAGCACAGCGUCGGAGGACCAGUGAUCAGAAGAGUCGGCGGCAGUCACAAUGAUGGCUGUAACAGCAAAGAUGAGGAGUGUCACAAGUUGAAGGAGCAGCUCCACAGCAUGCAGAGGCUGCUGCACCAGCUGCAGGAGAAGUUCCUUCAAGUUUACCAUCGAGAUGAUGUCGAACGUGACGACAGAGAUGAGAUGGAAAUCCACGGUGAGCGCGACAGCCUUUCAGAAACCGCUGGGUCGCGAUUCGUAAGUGUGGGGAACGAACAAGCAAAGGACAAGGACCAAAGGAAGGAAGCGGUCCAUCUUGUGAACCAAAGAGAAAACCAGAACCUUCAGGAGAUGCUGAAGCAGGAGCUCUCCAGGGCGGUGAAUGAGUGUGUGGACAGGGUGUUCCAGAAGGUUUCUUCCACGGGCGUGGACAUGUCCCCGCAAGCACGCAUGUGCUCAUCUCCUGAGAUGCAAAUGAGUUCUGGUGCAGACAGGAAGAUCCAGCAGGUCGGCAUCACACCAGAACCGCCUGAGUCUGAGGAGUCCACUGUCAAACCCUGCUCUCUGGAGUACUACGAAAACUCUGCAUCCCAAAGUCCUCAGGACCAGACCGAGGCGCUGUCACUCGUGGUCCGCAAGCCCCCGGUGACCCCCAUAAGCACAAUCACCUCCAGCGUGAAACGGCCCUAUCCAAUCCAUCAGACUCCAUUCCAGUUCAACUACAGCGCCCCUCUGCACGACAGUCACAUCCUGGAGCAUCUUCUCAAGUACGGCCCUCACGCCAGCUUCGGGGCUCUGUCCUGUCUGCCCCCGGCUAUGGACAGUACCUCCUCAGACUCAGUGGACCUGCCCUGGGACACCAUCGCCAUGAGGACCAAGGUGACGCCGGGCCACCUGGGCCACCACUCCCGCAGUUCAGCACUGGGGGCAGUGUCCGUGGACAACCUGUGUCUGCCCCAUGUCAAGAUUGAAUGUGGGGAGCUGCAGAGCAUGGCUGAACGGAACCCCUACAUGUCCCUCAAUAUCCAGGAGGGCCUCACCCCCAGCCAUCUGAAGAAGGCCAAGCUCAUGUUCUUCUACACCCGCUACCCCAGCUCCAAUGUGCUGAAAGCCUUCUUCCCUGACGUCAAGUUCAACCGCUGCAUCACCUCUCAGCUGAUUAAGUGGUUCAGUAACUUCCGGGAGUUCUACUACAUCCAGAUGGAGAAGUUUGCGCGACAGGCCAUCGUGGACGGCGUCAGUGAAGUGAAGGACAUGACUGUGAGCAGGGACUCCGAGCUGUUCCGGGCCCUGAACAUGCACUACAACAAGGCCAACGACUUCCAUGUUCCCGACCUAUUCCUGGAGGUGGCGGAAAUCACGCUGCACGAGUUUUUCGACGCCAUUUCUGCGGCCAAGGAUUCGGAUCCCUCGUGGAAGAAAGCCAUCUACAAAGUCAUCUGUAAACUGGACAGCGACGUCCCCGAGGAGUUCAAGACUUCUUCUUACUUGUAGGCAGAGGUGUCAAAAUGAAGUUUCAGAGGUCGGUCAGUGGAGAGAGUAGUGACACUAGAACUGUUUUAUCCUUUGCUGUAGUGCAGUGAUCAACCUGUGGUCUGCGGGCCCAAUCUGGCGCGCCCAAAUGUCCAAUCCGGCCCGUGAUGAAAUUCCAAAAUAAAUAACAAAUAAGAAAGUUAGACAGAAAAAAAUAUUUUAUUUUCAUUCGUAUUUGAAUGUACAGUGGCCCAUAAAAGAUUCUGCCACAAAUAUAGUUGUUGCCCUCUGAUUUAGUGAAUUUUGGUGAAGUGAUGAAUCAUUAUUUUGUAAAUAUGUAAAAAGGAAAUAAAUAAAAAAACAGUCAGAAUUUAGGUUUGAAUGUGCAACUAAUUUAAACCUUUGUGGUUUUACUUUGUAGCGUAGGAUUUUUUUUUUAACAUAUCGUGUUGAAACACGUGUUUACAACGAUGCUGUCUUUUAUGUCAAAGCCUUAUUCACAGUAGCCCGAUUUGGGAGACGUAGUUUUUUUUACAUAGCGUUUUGUGAGUUGCGUACAAUUUCGUCGUGGCGUCGUUUACAUUUGUUACACACUUGAACAAUGUGCAUGUGUUGGAAAAAAAAAAGGUUUCUUUAUCUUUGACUUUUACUGAAUAUUAAAGACGAAUUACUGUAACAGCAGCAGUGUUGCUAUUUAUUUCUGCAAAAAUCUCAGUAACGUGUAAUGUAAAUAUUUUAAAGUUUUAUAAGGAAUAAAAACAUUUAAAAGAUCAGAUUGACGCCGUGUUCUGUCUGUCAUGUUGUGCUCCUCCAACGCUUGGGCCAUGAACGGCGGAGCACUGAGCCCCUAAGGUGCCUCUAAUCCAGGUCCAGCAGCCAGCUGUUCACUGUUCACCACACUCUGCUCUUCUCUUUGUUCAACCGAAGUCAACUUUCCGAGGCCCUCAUUCACCGGGCGGCUGCUGCGGCUGCGGACAACGGCCGUGUCUUAAAAAACAGCCACCAAGCAUUCCCUGAUAAUGACCAAUGCCCGAGGUGACCUCACAUCACGGUUGUGCCAGACAAGCAA